AUGCCUUCUGCGUACAAAAGCAAGGGCAAAGGCCGAGAUGCGCGCCAGUCGCGUAGUCGCAACACGACCCCGUCCGGAGCUAGUGCUCCCACGAUCCCGACACUGCCUAUCCAGAGCUACAUGGAAAAUGAUGUCACUAAGCUCAUCGAAGUAGCCAGUGGCCAGUACUCCGAUGUACUGGAUCUAGUGGCUGCGCAAAACAUUCCAGAUUCAAAGACAUUGGAGACACUGGUGGAACACUUAAAAAGCCUCAGUGACAUGGCUGAUGCUCGGGGCGAGGUUUGCAAUGCCGGAAUGCGGGAAAUGUCUCAAAAACGUAAAGAUGUGAUGGAUGACCCGGAUCUCGAUCGUGAAGUCCGAGAGCGCUCGAAGCUGAAGCGCGAAACCGAAGAGGACGACGAGAUCCACAAGGGCGGGAAGCUCAAGAAGCGCAAGGAACGGGCCAGUACAAAGGAAGAACGCCCCUUAAGUCAUGGGGCACACGAAGUCGCUCGCCAGGAUGGGGCAGAGACCAAAAUUGAGGGAGCUGCUUCCCCAGCAUCCAAAAACUCCAAGAAUGCGCCCUCGGACGAGAGCUCUUCGCUUUCGCCUCCCUCGAUGAUGUCCCCCAACGGCGCGAACCCCGCCGCCGACGGUCCCGCUGCCCCCGGUUCGCCUGGCUCGGAGACUAGCACAGAUUCCCACCAACCUGACCCUGCACCAGCUGUUCCUCACGUCCAAAUUUUCGGCGACAAUCCUUUGGAAUAUGACGACCCAACAGUUUAUGAUAUUCGAGAGGUCCUCGAGGGCAUGACGGACGAUGAAAAGAAAGAAAUUUACAGCGUCGCUCGGUUCCCCAAGACCGACCUUGCCCACAUGGCUGCUGGUGUAGCUCCCGACAAGGACUUCAGCAACGCCAAGCCGUCCAACCAAGUCAGCGCCAAUACAUUCUUAACUUACAUUGAGCCAUACGUUCGCCCCCUCACCGAGGAAGACAUCGCUUGGUUGAGGGAAAGGGGUGAUCGUGCCACUCCAUUCAUAAUGCCGCGUCGCGGAAAAAAGAGCUAUCGUCAGCUUUGGGCGGAAGAAGAUGGUGUUUCUUACGACUCGAGUCAGGACGACAAGGACCAGCUUCCUCUGAACCAAGGCCGCGGUAAUAUCGACCAAUUGACCGAAGAAAAAGCCGAAACCAACGAGGUUUCAGUUGGUCCUCUACUCAGCCGACUUGUGUCGCUCCUCCGCUACGAGCACCGUACUUAUCCCGAAGACGAUGGCGCAAAUACAAACGGCGAAUCAACUGGCGCAGCUCCAGGCGGGGAUGCGAUGGAAAUUGACCAGCCCAGUGGAGAAAAAGAGCCGCCCAAGAGCGAACAAAAGCCACCCCAACCUCCUGCCACCGCAUUCCGUGACGCCGACCCGAACGACUUUAAGACUUCAGUCGCAAAACUUGACCAUGCGCAACUUGACGAACGCGCCAAAGCCGAACUACGAUACAUUGGUUUCCUCGGCGCAGAUGACAACCCCGACUACGAUGCACACUACGAUGACGAAGUUGCCGAGCGUCUUCGCCUCCUCCAAGGUGAACUCAAGAAACAAAUAGUCACCAAUAAUGCGCGCAAAGCCCGUAUCUUGAAAAUCGCCCAGGAACACAUGGCCAUGCUCGAAUUUACCACCAUCCAAGACGACCUUGAUUCGCAGGUCCAGCAGGCCUAUCUCAAGCGCACCCGUACCAUGGGCAAGAGCAAGAAGGGAGCUCAAGCUAAGCACCGCCCUGGUGGUGCUGGCGGUGGCAGCCAUGUCGCUGGUUCUGCGGGUGUAUCCCGUCCGGCUGUUGGAGAUGCCGCCAAGAUUGUUAUGGACCGUCGCCGUCGCUGGAACGAGGCAUUCUUGCCUAUCUUCGACGACAUCAAGACUACCAUUCCUACGGAGGGAGAGUCGAUCUUUGACAACUCUGUCAUGGCUGAAUAUGAGAAAGCGGAGCUGGAGAACUGGGAUGAGGAGUAA